AUGAACAAUGCCACCACAAUCCUUCUCCUGGGAUUUCCAGGCCCCUAUAGCUUCAGAAUUGUAUUUUUUCUCUUCCUCUUCAUAACGUUCCUAGCAACUAUAUGUGGUAACCUUAUGGUCAUCACUCUGGUGGCCUACAGCAAGAACCUCCAGUCCCCCAUGUAUUUCUUCCUAACACAACUCACCACUUCAGACAUCAUCACCACUUCAUCUAUUGUGCCGAAUAUGCUUCAUAUGUUUCUGAACAAUGGCUCCUCCAUGUCCAUUUCGCAAUGUAUCACACAAUUGUUUUUCUUUGGUUCUUCUGAAGCUUCUGAAUGUCUUCUGUUGACAGUGAUGUCUUACGACAGAUAUCUGGCCAUAUGUCACCCCCUACAUUAUGAGUCUGUAAUGAAUCCUAGGUUUUUACAGAAAUUGGUUAUCUUAUCCUGGACAUUAAGCAUUUCUAUAAAUUUUAUUAUCACAGUUAAUGUGUCCCAACUUCAGUUCUGCCGUUCGGAUGUCAUCAAUCACUUUUUUUGUGAUUUUGAUCCUAUAUUGAGGGUAUCUUGUUCGAAUAUAUUCAGAACUAAGUUACUGUCAACUAUUCUGAGCUUCCCAGUAAUCAUGUGCCCAUUCCUAAUAGUGGUCACCUCCUAUGUUUCCAUUGUACAUACAAUUCUCAGGAUCCAGUCAAUCAGCCACAGGCGGAAAGCCUUCUCCACCUGUGGUUCCCACUUGACAGUGGUGUCCAUAUUCUAUGGUACCCUGAUAUCCAUUUAUAUAAGUCCCAUAGAGGAAAAAUCUGUUGCUUUACAUAAAUGUUUGUCAUUUGUAUACACUGUGCUGACUCCAUUAACUAAUCCUGUGAUUUACUGCUUAAGAAAUAAGGAAAUUAAGGAAGCCUUCAAGAAGAUCCUUUAA